CAUUCCGCUGUCAGCCAAACACACGGCUGUGCUGAAGUAGUCACUGCCACAUACAGGCCGUUGGAGACAGCAUAUUUAACUUGUGAUGACAUUAUUUAUUUGCCACCAUCGAGAACCUGCCUGAGUAAUAACGAAUUUGACCCGCAGUCGUUAAGGCUGUGCAGGGUGAAGUCGGGGGAGACGGACAGGAACAAAAAAACAAAGAUGGCUGUGUAACCAGAGAGACGAGUCCCAGCAGAACUGUCUCUACCCGCGGCUUUAAUCAUCGACAGGUCCAGUGGGUCCUCUGCGGACAAUCAGUCGGUACCGGAGCAGGGAGGGUAGAUGAGGAACCGAGCUGGGCCACCGGUGUACAUCGUUGUAAUCUGCUGUCAGGGCGAAUAACGGCGUCGAGAGCAACAACAGCUGAGAGCCGAGCAGAGUUGUUUUUGUUCUGCAGAGGGAGAGGACUGCUGUGUUUUUGUCAACGUAGCUAGCCGCAUAGUCUGCUAGUCUCACUGUAAGUCAACACAACUAGUCUAAUUAAGUUGUUAUUAUGCACAUGAUCUCGUUAUAACACAUUGGUAUGUUACAUUUUAAGUGGCGGGUGGCAUUGAUAAUAAUAAUAAGUUAGUUUGCAUUCCUCUCUGACAGCCUGCUGCCGGAGCGUUAGCCUAGCCGACGUUAGCUAGCUGUCAGCUGACCGUUAGCCUGACAGGUUGUACGCUAGCACUGAGCUAACCUGCUAAUAUUUCAGGCUCAGCGGCAGGUACACCUCGGAAAUAUCUAGACAGCCGUCGUCAUGUCUUCACUGGAAGAGAGAGAUGGUGUGGCCGCCCCUGGCUCCUCCUCGGCCGGCAUGGGGGUCGGGGCCGUGGGGGCAGCGGUUGAGGCUGUCGCCGGGAUCGCAGCCAUGCAGGAGGAGGUCGGGAUCCGGAGAGAAGGGCCCGAGCCUGACCCAGACGAGCCACCCAAGAAGAGGGUGAGAGUGCCCGAUGGAGAGUCAGGAAAGCUGGAGGAGAGGCUGUACUCAGUGCUGUGCUGCACCGUGUGCAUAGACUUGCCCAAGGCGUCUGUAUAUCAGUGUUCCAAUGGACACCUGAUGUGUGCAGGCUGUUUCAUCCACCUUCUGGCCGAUUCUCGUCUCAAGGAGGAACAGGCCACGUGUCCCAACUGCAGGUGUGAGAUCAGCAAGAACCUGUGCUGCAGGAACCUGGCCGUGGAGAAGGCUGUCAGCGAGCUGCCGACAGAGUGCGCCUACUGCACAAAACAGUUCCCCCGCUCCAGCCUAGAGAGACACCAGAAAGAGGAUUGCCAAGACAGGGUGACGCAGUGUAAGUACAAGAGGAUCGGCUGCCCCUGGAAGGGUCCGUUCCAAGAGCUGCCGGCCCACGAGAGCGAGUGCUCCCACCCCACCAAGACUGGGACGGAGCUGAUGGGCAUUCUGGGAGAUAUGGACCAGAGUCACCGCAGAGACAUGCAGCUCUACAACAGCAUCUUCGGCCUGCUCUGCUACGAGAAGAUCGGCUUUACAGAGGUGCAGUUCAGGCCGUACCGCACGGACGACUUCAUCACCCGCCUGUACUACGAGACGCCGCGCUUCACCGUGCUCAACCAGACGUGGGUGCUGAAAGCCCGUGUUAACGACUCAGAGCGCAACCCCAACCUGUCGUGCAAACGCACCCUCUCCUUCCAGCUGAUCCUCAAAAGCAAGGUGAACUCUGCCCUGGAGUGCUCCUUCCUGCUGCUCAAGGGUCCGUACGACGACGUGCGGAUCAAGCCGGUCAUCCACCACCACUCCUUCUGCAACGACGCCAACGAGACCGAGUACGUCCCGCUGCCCAUCUCCGACUCGGUGGAGUGCAACAAACUGCUGGCCGCCAAAAACAUCAACCUGCGCCUGUUCAUCUUCCAAGUCCAAAAAUAAAGAGUGAAGCAGCAGGAGGAGGAAGAGGAGGAGGGGGAAGAGGAGGGAGAUGAAGAUGAAGAGGACGAAAAAGAAGAAGAAGGGUGAAGGAGGGCAAGGGGCUGAUGAAGAUUAAAGAGACACCACUGAACCACUGAUACCUCUUAACACUUACACACACUCUCACACACAUUCACACAGGGUACACACACACACACACACACACACACACACACACACACACACACACACACACACACACACACACACACACACACACCACUAAUUACACUUACCUCCUUUUACAAGAUAGUGAGACCCCUUGCGCGAGGGGCAGCUGUGAGUUGCUGUGGAGACGGGUGGGCAUUGUUAUGGGAUGGAGGGGUGAAACCCACAAAAGGCCCAGGCGGGGGUGAUGGGGUGAGGGAGGCGGCUCUGGUGUGUACCUGUGGGGGUCUCUGAGGUCAGGUGAUGUUUGACCUUUCACCCCUGACACCUGCAGCCAAAGGUAGCACACACACCAAACAAAGUGUGGUGUAUUUGUUGCGCGUGUGCAUGUGUGUGUGUGGAAGUGUGUGUGUGUGUGUGUGAGGGAGAGAAAGGGGAGAAAGAGAGUAAAGUGACGGACCCUUGAGUGUGGCCCCAAACUCUCUGAUUGAUGUUGAAAUGUCCCAAAGACGUGAUAAUGUGAAAAUAGAGCGACUGACUCUACGGAGCAGUUCUUUGGACAUGUGAAUGAGUGUGUGAGUGUGUCUGUAAGUGUGUGUUUUCCAUUCCCUCCUACACUUAAUGCCUGAGUCUUUUCAACAAUGUCUUUUUGUUUUGAAAAAAGGGUGUCCAUUUUGCGUCGCAAGCUUUGCCAGAACAGGAGAAAGACUUCGUUCCCCCCGAUGAGACCCUUUCCCCUUCAAACACAGGAGAGACAGCUGAGUUCAUGUUUUAGUUCUUCGACUUCUUUCUCCAUCUGUGGUUAUAUAUAUAUAUAACCUCCAACACUAAUAUCCCUUUUUAUUUCUCUUAACCUUAAAUAUUUAAAUACCUGUGAACUUUUUAUUUUGGGUUUUAGCGCGUGACUGACUGCCUUUGUGUGUGUGUGUGCGCGUGUGUGCGUGUGUGCGUGCGUGUGUGUGUGUGUGUGUGUGUGUGUGUGUGUGCGUGCGUGUGUGUGUGUGUGUGUGUGUGUGUGUGCGUGCGUAAACGGAUCACAACUGUUGUUCUUGUGAAAUUGUCCCGAUAUGAAAUCAAUGCCUGAGGACAGGACUGAGUUACAAACAGACUUCAGGUCCGAUGUGUGUCAGCUGCUUUUUGGUAAUAUGAUUAACAGCAAAUGUAUUUGGAUCCUGUGUAACUACUUUAUCAUUUUAUUUUAUAUCAUACUUUUAUUUAACAGUUUAUUUAGUUCCAAUAUGAUCUUGAUUUAAAGAAGGUAGUUAGAGAUAUAUUUAUAGAUCAACCAGGGUGAUAUAUUAGCCAUUUGUAUUGCAGUUAUAUUGGUAUUAGCGUAUAUGUUGGACAAUUUGAAAAAUGAAAUUCAAAAGCUAGUUUGAGGUAAUUUAGAAACAAUCAUCUAUCUAUAGUUUUAACACCAGCAAGUACAUCUAUUUAUUUUAUAAAUGGCCGUAAGAAGAUUAAAUGGUUAUGUUAUGUUUUAAUCAAGAAAAAAAUGCUGUUUCCUACAUCAGUAAAAUCUCCACCAAUUUUUCCAAUCACUUUGUCAUUUCCUGUCGGAAGCGGAGAAAGACUGAUUUUAUUUUAGUGUAUGAGCGUUGAUCAUCUUCAAGGUGUCAGUAGAAAAACAACACCAUCUUCAGUCAAAUGUGUGAUUAUCAUGUUUUAGCAGUUUUCCUCCAUCAAAAUACUACAAAGUAACUGAUACACAGAGAACCAGAGACAGGUUCUUUUCCAGAAUGAGACCGGUUGGACUUUUAGUGUCUUUGAGCAAAUAUAAAAGGAAGAUGCCCUCGAUAGUGUGAGAUCGAUGUGUGCACUGUGUGUGACGGAUGAACUCUGAGGAGUCAGAAACCAGACUGGGAGCUUCUUCAUCUGCUCCGAGCUUCACGGGGAGAUUUCUCUGGAAGAUCAGACUCAGAGUGGUGAUGGAUGAUGUGUGUGUGUGUCGGGGGACGGGGGCGACGGGGGGGUUUUACCUUACCACAGUGACAUAUUAGUGUUAGACUUACUUGAACGAGAACGAGAAGAUGAUUCUUAAGUAGACUGUAAAGCAGAUAGAUCUCUCUCCUCUCUACUUCCUGUAUUUCUGUGUUUUAAUGCUUCGUCUCUAUGCCAGUGGACUCACUCAUCUCACUAUGGCUGUACAUGUGCCUUUUAUUAAAGAUCAUGGAACCUGCA